AUGGCCAAAGUAGCUCCGUCAGUCCGGUCUCUAAACAGGUCGACAUCACCCACCAUCGCUCUCCAGGACGAUCCAGGUGAAGACAUGGAGAGGGACAGAACCGAUCAACAAGCCGGACCAGGAAAGCUGUUUAACGCCAACAACAGCAACAACAACGAAGAAGAAGAGAAGGACAAGACGAAGAAGAAGAGAGAGAAGAAGGAGAGGAAGGAGAAGAAGGAGAAGGAGAAGCAGGAGAAAAAGGAAAGGAAGGAGAAAAGACUGAAGGAGAAAGAGGAAAAGGAGAAAGAGAAGAAGGAGAAAGAGGAAAAGGAGAAAGAGAAGAAGGCCAAAGACGAGGCUCCUAAAGAGGUCACAGUCAUUGACCCGGCGAGUAACCUCUACUACCACUGGCUGGGUCUUAUCACCAUCCCCGUCAUGUACAACUGGACCUUGAUCAUAGCCAGGGCGUGCUUAGAGGAGCUACAGUCUGAUUAUUUGUAUUUUUGGUUCUUCGUGGAUUUUCUAUGCGACCUCCUGUACAUCGCUGACAUGCUAUUCAGAACAAGGACCGGUUACCUGGAGCAGGGUCUGCUGGUGAAGGACGUUCAGAAGUUGCGUGAGCGCUACUUGGUUAGCUUACAGUUCAAACUGGACAUGGUCUCCAUGAUCCCCACAGACCUCCUGUACUUCAUCUUUGGACUGAGAUACCCUGAGAUACGCCUCAACAAGCUGUUACGAUUCAACAGGAUGCUAGAGUUCUUCCAGAGGACGGAGACGAGGACUAACUACCCGAACGCUCUCCGAAUCUCCAACCUCGUCAUGUACAUCGUCAUCAUCAUCCACUGGAACGCCUGCCUCUACUACUCCUUCUCCAAGGCUAUCGGUUUCGGGGCCGACAGAUUUGUGUAUCCCGACCCGGCAAAUCCAGAGUUUGGUCGCCUGAUAAGGAAGUACGCAUACAGUAUGUACUGGUCCACACUGACGCUCACCACCAUAGGAGAGACGCCGCCCCCUGUGGAGAACUCAGAGUACUUUUUCGUCGUCACUGACUUCCUGGUGGGUGUGUUGAUCUUUGCCACCAUCGUCGGUAACGUUGGUUCGAUGAUCACCAACAUGAACGCUGCCAGAGCCAACUUCCAGGCUCGCAUCGACGCAAUCAAACAGUACAUGACCUUCAGAAAGGUAACUAAGGACCUGGAGAAGCGAGUGAUCAAAUGGUUUGAUUUCCUGUGGACCAAUAAGAAAGCAGUGGAUGAGAGGGAGGUGUUGAAGUACCUGCCAGACAAACUGAGAGCUGAAAUCGCCAUCAACGUCCACCUGGACACCCUGAAGAAGGUUCGUAUCUUUGCGGACUGCGAGGCAGGUCUGCUGGUGGAGCUGGUGCUGAAGCUGCAGCCUCAGGUCUACAGUCCCGGAGAUUACAUCUGUAAGAAGGGCGACAUCGGGAGGGAGAUGUACAUCAUCAAGGAGGGGAAGCUGGCUGUGGUCGCUGACGACGGCAUCAAGCAGUUUGUGGUUCUGAGCGAUGGGAGCUACUUCGGAGAGAUCAGCAUCCUGGCUAUUAAAGGCAGUAAGGCAGGAAAUCGUAGGACGGCGAACAUCCGGAGCAUCGGGUACUCGGACCUCUUCUGCCUCUCCAAAGACGACCUGAUGGAGGCGCUAACAGAGUACCCCGACGCGAAAGCUCUACUGGAGGAGAAGGGACGGCAGAUCCUGAUGAAGGACGGGCUGCUGGACCUGGAGGUGGCGGCACAGGGUCCGGACCCCAAGGAGAUGGAGGAGAAGGUGGAGAGGAUGACGACCUCGCUGGACGUCCUGCAGACUCGAUACGCUCGACUGUUGGCCGAGCACGAAGCCACGCAGAGCAAACUGAAGCACCGAGUCCACCGCCUGGAGAGCAAGCUGGUGACAACAGAGAGAACCACAGAAGAAGAAGGAGCUGGAACCGCCUAAAGAACCAACGAAGAAACUCAAAUGUUCCAAAAGAAAUUAGAUAUAUUUUGUGUAAAAAGUAAUUAAAGCCA